UAAGCUUUUAAAAGACUGUUGUGGUGUAUUGGUACUGAAUGGUUGUGUGUGUUGUGCAUGGUCCUGUUUGGGGACAUGUUUUACUUGACUUAAGGUGAUAUAUAUAGCGAUCAGUAUCCUACACAUCUAACAAGUAUUUGUUACCAACUAUGGCUGUAAAGUUGCUCUCAUGGUUCGUGACGUUGGCAUGUGUUUUAAUGGGAACAGUCAACUCUUCAACAAGUGAUGUAACGGUCACUGAAUUCUGCAGUUGUUGGACAGUCGUAUCGACAGCUGUCAAGGGCAAUGUUUGUUCUGUGCUGUUGGACUUCCAGAACUGUUGGUUGGACAGUAACACUACCAUAGCUCCCGGACUGGAAAUCAUCUCUGACACUGACGUGGUCAAGUUUGGACUUACUAUUGCCAAUUCUACAUCCCAGGAAUGGAAUUGUGCUGUUGACAAUGUUUGCAGCUUGGCUUUCGGAAUCGGCGUACUUGAAGCGGGCAAAUCGUACACCGCAACAAUAAAGCCCCAGUGUGCUACAUGCAAUAACUGCAAUGGCAAAGACACAGAAUUUUUGAAAGCAGUACCGACCACCACCGUGCCGCCAUCUACCACCAGGACAUAUAAACCCCUCCCGCAUAAGUAUCUCUUCCCGACCAUGCUGAUUGGAGCUAUUGUCUGUGUUAUCCUGGCCUUUGUUUACGCUAUCAGACGCUGGCGACAACGAAUCCAUCACGCACGUAAAGAACGUGCAGCUGUGGCGGCGGCAAGUUUCGCGGACUUUCGGCAAGAGUCUGACAACAAUAAUGGAGAGGGAGAUGACAGUGGUCCACCUCCGCAGUAUGGCACCACCGCACAGUACAAUGGUGGUGCGGACUAUCUCACCAUGAACCAAAAGCAUGGUAUUGUGAAUGACGGCUUCGAUUACAAGAAUUGAUCGAGUAUUUUGUGAUGAUCAGCAUAAUGUGCCAAAGGAAGCAGUGAGCGUAUGUUUUUCAAAUAAAACACUGACCGGAUGCUGCCUGAUAAAAAAUGAAAGGAUGUUAUUAAAUAAAUCAUAAACUGGAUUUUUUCGAGGACAAAAUAUUUGUAGACCGCAGAUAUAAGACGCCUAGUCUAGUUAGUUGUCCAAAAGGACGAAGAGUUGCGACCUUGAAUUACAGACGGUUGGUUCAGCCGUAAACAGUGUUUGGGAAAGAGCCUCGACAGGUUUUGUAUUUUAUUGUAGCAAUGGCAUAUGUGAUACUAAAGCAUAUAAGAGAAAAACAGCCGUUCUUUGAGAUUGCUAUUUGAUGUGUAAGGAAAUAUAUCAAUAUAUUUACAUGUAAAGCAAUAUGAACGAAAUCAAUUAUAUGUCAAACUAUUUUAUAAUAGUAGAACACUGGUAAGAAGAACGUAUUAGUAGAAGGGAAGGAAAAAGAAGUAAAAAGAAAUGAAAAACAGAAUCCUAUUUGCGGUUAUUUUACAUCAUUCACGUUUACAAUUGACGAUGCAUGUUUGUUCAAAUGUUGAAGAAUACUUGACAAUCUUUCCCUUUUCUUUGUAUUUAAGAUUUGUUUAAUAACUUUAAACACAAUAUUUCAUGUGCUGGCAAAUCAUGUUUGUUAAAGCUUUAAAUAAUAUUUCACAAUGUUUCAUCAAUGAAGUGUUGAUGGUAUUCGAUUGUUUCAAUAGGGAUUAGUAUUCAUUUUAUUUUUCAGUGCUAUUAAAAAAGUAUCUCCAUGCAAGGUUUUAUAAGAGAUCAGAACUUUUGUUUUGUUUUGAUUAAUGUAUCACUAAUGUGUAAGUAAAAUACAAAUGAUAUAAGUUUGGAGAAUUUAUUUUUAUUUUUUAUAAGGUAACAUUUUACUGAUAACAAAUUAACCCAGUACUUCAUAGAUAACGCGUGGCAGGGUGUUGUCAGUUGUUGGAGCGUCAUACCUUCCCGCCUAUUCAUUAUAUAAGUUAUGUUAUAGUUAUGUGCAAUUCACGUGUUUUCUAACGUUGUGCUUUUAGUGAUAAUCGUAGUACAGAUGUACUUAGUGUAUCAGAACUAUAGUGAUUAUGGUAUAUAUAUUGGUAAGUUUGCAAAACUGGAACCUUUCGCUAAAUGCAACAUGAUAUAAAUCUUAAGUUUUCAGUAUAUGUAUGCUUGCUAGCACAAUUAACAAUAAUUAACACUAGGAUAUCGUCUGACACCUAUAUUAAACCCUCCUGGUUGUGUUACUCAGAAGUGUGGAAGAUUGAUUACAGGAUUAAUAAGGUAUGAGUCUUAUUUAUAACGUAACGAAGGGGCAUUCACGAGUGAUAUUUUGGAAACAUAUAACGUUGGGAUUACCGCUCAUGAUGACGUCCUAUUAGCUACCGUUGUAAUAUUGUUUCCUUUAUUAGUUGUCACCAUUGCAUGUUUUUACAAAAUAAGUAUCAAUGUUUGUUUGUAAAUAUUAUUUUUUAUUAUUGUUUAACAUAGAACUCGCCUUCGGCCAGUCUCAUUUGAUCAUAAAAAAAUCGAUAAAAUAUCCCACUAGAAAUUUACAACUUAUUGUUUUAAUCAUAUAACUAUAUUCGCCAAAGCGUGUUUGAGAAAAAUCAAGGCAUUUGCUCCUGAAAAUCUAUUUAUAUGAAUUCAAACGUCGUAUUUUUACUAGUCAUAGAUAGGGGGUAUUGUCCCUUUUCUCUAUAAAAUUGUCGUUUUAAUCUAUCACCAAUCCAUCCCCCUCCACAAAUUAAGGUGACUUGUGUGUUUUUGUCAGUGCGUUCUUUUGGUUUAUCUACAUGCCGUCAAAAUAUAUGUUUUAUGGCUGAAAAAUAAGAAGAAAAACUCAAUUAAUGUUGAUAGUCAAUAAAGGAUGUUCAUUACUAAAGAUCAGUGUUUUCCUUUUAUGAAUGUUUAUUUAACAAUAAUGGUCAUUGUAAUUGCCAAUGUGAUAUAAUUUUGUUACCUCUGAACUUUAUUUCCAUAUACAUUUUGUUAAUAAAUGUUGAU